AGCGCACUUCCGUAUUCCAACACAAUACCACGGUUGGUUUUUCAAACAUGUGACGGUUUAGUUUCGGAAGAGAUACAAGAAAAAACGACCAACAUAUCAAUAGGCUCUUAUUUAAUUUACUGGACUGUGAAAUAUCUACAAUGGUCCAGUUUUUGUUAAUGUGCUUCACUUACUCUGUAGACUAGAGUGUGUCAUUUCAUUCAUCAGGUCGUGUUUGCGCGCUUUUGCCUGCGCGCAGGUGCGCUCCGUCCUCAUGAUGCCGCAGGUGCGCGCAGGUGCAUCAUCAUCCUCCUCUGACUGAACAGAAGAUGGACGUUUAUCCUUCACCUCUCUGGGAAAACGCACAUUAGUUCGUUAUACGUACCUCAUACAUUACAUCCUUGAUUAAUCCUGUAAAACUUCCUCUGACAGAGAAUUUCCAUCGAUACAAUGAAACUCGUCAUUUGAUAGUGAAGGACGCCGCUCUGAGAUGAACGAACAGCGGGACAUUAAACUGUUUUCAGUCUGUGGACUCUUCCUUUUCAGGCUAUUUGUGCUCCAAGGAUUUAUUUGCCAGGGGUCAAACUCAGAAAAUAAAUUCCCCAGGAGGGUUAAUGCACUGCGGCAGAAACGGGAUCUCUUCCGUGAAGAGACCCUUAGUGCAGUGCUCUCUGAUUCAGCUCUGCCGCGAAGAGUUCUUCAUAAUUAUACAGCAAGAGAUGCAUCAACAGAAUAUUGUGGGUGUCUUAAUGGUGGCUGGUGCCAGGACGAAGGACGCUGUGAUUGUGCUCAAUUCCAGGGUCUCGGUGAUCGCUGUCAAAUCAUUCCCAACCAUGGUCAGGACAGGGAUGGCAUUUGCCGUUCAUGGGGUCAGCAUCAUUUUGAGACUUUUGAUGGAAUGUAUUACUACUACCCUGGAAGCUGUUCGUAUAUCCUGGCCAAAGACUGCCAUUCCUCAGAGCCACAGUAUACGGUUUGGGUUCAUAACAGUCGUUCGUGUAGAGGUUCAGUAUAUUCAUGUCCACGUAGCCUAAGUCUGUUCUUCCCAAAUGAAGAGGAAAUCUAUAUUAGUGGCUAUCAGGUGCUCAAGGGUGGACACAGGCUGAGUCUUCCCCAGACGGUGCGUAAUGUUUUCAUCGAGCGCUUGGCUGACUAUAUCCUGGUGAAGAGCACAUUUGGCUUCUCUCUAGCAUGGGACGGGGGCUCUGGAGUCUACCUCAAAAUGACCGAAGCGCACAAAGGAAGGCCUUGUGGUCUGUGUGGAAACUAUAAUGAUGACGGAUCAGAUGAUCUCAGCAGCAGCCGCGGGAUCGUCUCUGAUGACAUUGCUGAAUUUGGGAACAGCUGGGCAGUAGAUUUGCCCCAGGAGAGACCCUGUCCUGAGGUUGAUGAUGAUUUCCCUGGACCGUGCUCAUCAGAGUCUGAUAUGGACGACGCCAUUGAGAAGUGCAGUGCAUUGCUUUUCUUCCCUUUCAUCUCCUGCCAUGAGAACAUUGACCCAAAUCCAUUUGUUGUCAGCUGUGUUUCGGACAUGUGUGUAUCAGAUGACGAGGAAACAUUUUGUCGGACUCUGGUUGAGUACACCAGGGCUUGUUCUCAUGUGGGAUAUCCUGUCAGAGAAUGGAGGGACAGUUUUCCUACAUGCGGUCAGUCAGAUUUCAUCCAUCCUUUGAUUUCUCGGUGUCCCUCCACCACCACGACUCCACUACCUCUUCCACCUUCAGUUGAAGAGAAUGGUGAAGUUUUUGCAGGACCAGACCUGAGCUCGGACCCCUCCCUCCCGAUUAUGGCGGACAGAUGCGAGGAUAGUUUUGUCCAUAGAGACUGCAUCAGCUGCUGCCCACCGACAUGCACGUUUGACAAAGAGUGUUUGGGCACCAAUCUACACUGUCUGGAUGGAUGCUACUGCCCGGAUGGUUUGAUCUUGCAGAAUGGCACCUGUAUAGCUGUGUCUCAGUGCCCCUGUGUGUACCACGCGGAAUGCACAGUAGUGGGUGACACACAUGUGACCACUUUUGAUGGGCGAAUCUACAUGCACUUGGGCUCUUGUCAAUAUGUGCUGGUGAAAAGCCGGGGCAACACCAAGUUUACUGUGACACUACAGUAUACCGCCUGUGGAGAGUCUCAGGAACACUCCUGCAUCCACUCGGUGGCUCUGGUGGUGGAUGAAGAUGUCAGCAGGCAGGUCACCCUCACCAGAGAUGGAGAAGUUGUGAUUGGAGCCAGUAUGGCUGUUAAUUUACCCUACUCAGAUGAGACAGUGAAUGUUCGUCGACUGACCUCUCUGUUUGUGGGUCUGCGGUCGGUCUUUGGCCUGAGGUUUCAGUACGACUGGCAGGGUGGACGGAUCUACCUUCAGUUGGACAGCACCUGGAUGGGCUCCACACUCGGCCUCUGUGGGACCCUCAAUGGAAACCUGCGGGAUGAUUUCCUUUCUCCUGCUGGAAUGAUUGAAGGAACUCCACAGCUACACGUCAACGCCUGGAAAGUGUCUUCAGCAUGUAUAAGUCCUGUCAACAUACCUAUCAUUGACCCCUGUGAAAUGAACCAACAAAAUGUGUUUUAUGCUGCCCAGUGUGAUGUGCUGUUGGAGGAAGUGUUUAGACCGUGUCAUGCGUAUGUUAGCCCCAGCAUGUACCACCAGCAGUGCCGCUACCAGGCCUGUCGAUGCGGCAGCAGCUGCCUCUGCACGGCUCUGUCCCACUACGCCUACAUCUGCAGCAAACACCACGUCACCAUCAACUUCAGAGCACACGUCUCUGAGUGCGGUAUGGUGUGUUUAGGAGGGAUGAUGUAUCACCCGUGUACAUCAGCCUGCGGGCGGACGUGUCAGUCCGUCAGUAGUGCUGAAGUGUGUGAUGGAGACUGUGCUGAAGGAUGCAGCUGCACCGAAGGAACUUUUUAUGAUCACACUCGCCAGCGAUGUGUGCUGCUCUCCCAGUGUCACUGUUACUUCAUGGGCUCAGUUUUUCAGCCUGGUGAAGUGUCCUUCAGCUCUUCUGGACCAUGUCUCUGCAGAAAUGGGCGUAUGGAGUGUGUGCCAGAGGAGAGAGAGCCCGAGCGAGGAGACUGUCCCAAUGGCAAAGUGUACUACAGCUGUCGGGGUCAGAGCGGCCGCGGACCCUCAGGUGUCGGUUUGGCCUGUGAACUGACCUGUCGAAACCUGAUGCUGAACCUGACCUGCCCUCCCAUGACCCCGUGUGUACCAGGAUGUGGAUGUCCAGCCGGGCUAGUGGUUCAUAAUGGAGAGUGUUAUUACCCAGAGAACUGCCCCUGUGCGUGGCUCGGUCUAGAGUAUCUCCCUGGGGAGACAGUGGACACGCCGUGCUACCGAUGUGUUUGUCAUCGUGGAUUCUUCAACUGCACAUACUACCCAUGUCCAGCAGUGUGUACCGUAUACAGUGACCGUCAUUACCACACAUUUGAUGGCCUGGAGUAUGAUUAUGUGAGCGACUGCCAGGUCAACCUGGUCAAGAGUGUUGGUGAUACAGAGGUUUCCAUCAUGGCUCAAAAUAAAGAUUGCUAUGAAAGUGGGAUCGUUUGCAUGAAGUACCUGCUCAUCUACGUUGGCCUCACCAAAAUCUACUUCAGUGAUAACUCUGGUAAACCUAGCUCCUCCACUGUUGUGGGCAGAGGUUAUGAGUUUCAGCUGUGGGGUGCGGGAUAUUACACCGUGGUCCACUUUCCUGCUCAAGAUCUGACCGUUUUGUGGGACCGUAAGACAACUGUCCAUAUUCGUGCUGGACCCCAGUGGAAGGGUCAGAUGAGUGGCUUGUGUGGGAACUUUGAUAUGGUAACAGUAAAUGACAUGACCACAGCUGGACAUAUGGAGGUCAGUAACGCACAGGCAUUUGGAGACAGCUGGGCUGUUGGACAGUGUGAAAGUGAUUUUGUAGUGCACAGACCAUGUGAAGGAGAUCUCAGCCGACAGCCGUAUGCUAAACGCGAGUGUGGCCUUCUCUACAGUGACAUAUUCGCUCCAUGUCACAAUGUGGUGGAUGUGACCUGGUUUUAUAAGAACUGUCUAACAGACACCUGCAACUGCAACCGUGGAGGAGACUGUGAAUGUUUGUGUACCAGUAUUGCAGCGUACGCACACAAAUGCUGUCAGAAUGGCGUCACAGUGAACUGGAGAUCUCCUACUGUGUGCCCAUAUGAUUGUGAAUAUUACAACCAAGAGUUGGGCGAGGGUCCGUUAACUCUGUCCAGCGCAGAGCAGAAUAACUCCGUCUGUGUGUUUGGGGCAAACGUAAGCAGCGGUGAAGUGUUUCCCCUCCUGAAGACCAACGCUCAACCCAGCACCAUUUUCCACUUUAUGAUGACAACUGGACUGUUCAAGGACAGGGCCUCACGACUUCCUGUUGUCUCACUGGAGUCUGCAGAAAGGCCAAACUACUUCCUGUGUGUAACUGUGAACCGCGGGCUGCGACUGGAGCACUGGCAGCCUGGAGAAGAGUUCAGACGGCGGGCCACUUUCCUCCACCACCAGGGCCUGUGGCUUCCAGGAAGAUCCUCCUUUGAGCUGCACAGUCAGAAGGGGGUUUUCAUCACCCUUACACACACUCAGGCCCGAGCGCAGAAUUAUGAUCACACACACGCCUUUAAAACCAGCAGCAGCUUCAUCAUCGAAGAGAGCAGUUUUGUGAUCCCAUACCGCUUGAUGUGCGAGUGGAAAUAUCACGCAUGCUCCAGUCCGUGUGUGAAGACCUGCAGCGACCUCGAUGCCACACGUUGCCAUUUUCUACCUCCGUGUGAUGCUUUCUCCAACACCAACUCCUUACAUGUUUGUAACCCGAUCAAAUCGCACCACGGCGGCUCCAACCACAGCACCUACAACCACAACUUCAACCACAACGACUCCUUCCACCACGACAGCAACACCAAGCACAGCUCCAACCACAACUUCCAGUACUACAAUCAUAACUACACCUUCAGAAGCAGCUGUUUUAAUAGUCAGCCCGACUACAACCACAUUACCCCCAACCACAAGCCUCCUCUAAUCACCACUGCCCCGCCCACCACAUCAGCCACACCCACUACAGCUAAACCCACCACACCUAUUACUACAACUUUACCAUCAUCUACAUCCACCACAGAAAUGACAACCACAUCUGAAGCCACAACCAAACCUGAAACAACCUCUCCGACGACCACAGUCCAGCCAAUUACAACCACCACUGUCAUCACAACAGAGAGCACAACUUUAGAAAGUACGACCACAGUGAUCACCACAGAGUCCACAUCUGUCUCGCCCACAACCGAGGAGCCUUCAACUACAACGGCAGCGGUGCCGACAACUUCUGAGAUCAUAAUUCCUUCUCCAUCUCCUUCUCCUGAGACAGCAGGAAUAACUACAGUUCUUCCUCCAUUUCUGCUGCCCACAGGACCCUGCACGCCUCCAUAUUCGUUGCGUGUGGAUGAGUGCAGCGAGUAUAUCUGCUUUAAUGCACAGCUGAUGCUUCAUAAUUCCUCCCAGCACUGCAGAUACAACAUCAGCCAGCCACAGUGCAACCUGCUGGGCACACCCAUCCAGACCAACACGGACCCCUGCUGCCCGCUCUGGCAGUGCCCAUGCCGCUGCUCUAUAAUCUCUGACCUGCGUGUGAUAACGUUUGAUGGGAAUAAUGUGGCUCUGUAUGAUAUCGGCUCUUAUAUUCUGGUCCACCUGCCAAGAGAGAAGAUAGUCGGCCACAUUGAGAAAUGCCCAACCAGUGAGAGCGUGAACUACAUCAGAAGACCUACUCCCUCUGGAGGAACAUCUGGCCUGUGCUUUAAGAAGCUGAACAUCACAACUCAUUCAUACAGAAUCAUGAUCAACCGCUUGGACCGAAAGGUGUCCGUGAAUCAGAUCACAGCUCGGCUUCCUCUCAGCAGGCAGAACCUCCAUAUUGACGACACCGGGACCAUGUACAUCAUAGACACACCCGGUGGCAUCAACAUAAAGUGGUACCACAGCACUGGCAUCAUGGUGUUGCAGUACACGGCUCCCGAUAACACCUCCACCAGGGGGCUCUGCGGAUGUUGUGAUGGUAAUCCAGCCGAUGACCUGCGGCUGCCCAAUGGUACAGUGGUCCGGGAUGUUGAGGACAUCCCAGUGUUUCUGCACGGGUGGAUGGUGGACACGGCAGAGGAUACAGACUACUUCCGCAGAGUGGGAGACAACUGCACCACCGGAAACUGCUCCAAAUGUUUCACCAUGCUCAACCAGAGGCCUUUCUCCAGAUGCCACCACAAGGUUUCUCCAGAAAACUUCUGCGAUAAGAUAUGGGCCGGUGACCUGCAUUAUAAAGAGCACGAGUGUGACUUCCUGGCUGCUUAUGUUGCCAUUUGCUACACUCAUCAGAUCUGCUUCAGCUGGAGGAAAAGCAACUUCUGCCCACUCAAAUGUCCUCCUGGUAAAGAAUACAAACCCUGUGUGAACACAUGCAAGACGCGAACAUGCCAGAACCGCGAUUACUAUGAAGAAAGCACCUGCUCUUCUAUCAGAGAGGAGUGUGUUUGUAAAAGCGGCACCAUCCUUCACCGAGCAGAUUCUGCUUUCUGUGUCACCGAGGACCAGUGCGUGUGUACGGAUAACGACGGUGCACCACGGGCUCCAGGUGAGGUGUGGAACGGCUCUCUGCGCGGCUGCUGUCUCUUCCGGUGUCUGGAAAACGGUAGUGUGGUUCCUGUAGAGCCCGAGUGCAGUUAUGAACCGGCUCCGCUGUGUGAGAGAGAGGGAGAAUACGCCGUGGAUGUCCUGGAGGAAGGAGUCUGCUGUCCCAAGAAGAUCUGUGAAUGUAACCUGACCAUCUGUCAGAGUGAAGUUCCCAGCUGUGAGAAUGGAGACAAGCUGGUGAUCGGCUAUAGCGCUCUGUCCUGCUGUCCUGAAUACAGAUGUGAAUGUGAUCCACUGGCCUGUCAGAGCGUCCCGCCGCCGAUCUGCAGAGAGGAUCAGUUCCUGGUGGAGGUCAGAGGAGCACACGCCUGCUGCUACAGCUACAUGUGUGUGUGUGAGUCCUGCAUUGAGCCCAUACCAGUGUGUCAGACUGGAGAGAUACUGGCUGUGGAUAUGAACACCACCAAUCACUGCUGUCCACAGUAUCAUUGCGUGUGUGAUAUGAGUCUGUGUCCUGAGCCCAGUGUGAGUUGUGCUCCUGGAGCUGUGCUGAUAAAGAGACCCGUGCCGGACAGCUGCUGUCCAGAAACACACUGCGAAUGUCAGUGUCACAAUCUUACGCUUCCGGCCUGCACCAUGGGUGAAGUGAGAGUGGAGGAACCAGACCCCGGCGGCCCCUGUGGAUGCCCACUGUAUCACUGCAUGAAGGCAGAAGUGUGUCUGUUUCAGGGUGUGACGAUAUUGAACCCUGGCCAGUCUAUGGUGCAGUAUUUUGAGGGGGAACUGUGUUACACCGUUCAGUGCCUCACACAUAAAGACCCCAGCACUGGUUUCUACGCCAUGGAGGUCACCACUGCCAACUGCUCUGAGAAAUGUGAAACUCAUCAGGUUUAUGUCCCAUCAUCUGAUCCCCACGUGUGCUGCGGCUCCUGCAAAAACAUCUCCUGCUCAUAUCCCAGUGAAAACGGCACUACAGAAGUAUUUAUGGCGGGCAGCUCAUGGGUGGCAAACUGCACACGGUUCGACUGUAUGGAGACUGCGGUUGGUGCUGUAGUUCUGGCGUCUGGAGUCGUCUGUCCUCCUUUCAACGACACCGAGUGUAUUCAGAAUGGAGGUGUAGUUCAGACGUAUGUGGACGGUUGCUGUAAGACGUGCAAAGAAGAUGGUAAAACCUGCAAAAGAGUCGCCAUCAGAACCACCAUCAGAAAAGAUGACUGCAGAAGCAAUGCACCUGUGACCGUGUACUCAUGCGAUGGCAAAUGUCCAUCCGCCACCAUCUUUAACUUCAACAUUAACAGUCACGCACGUUUCUGCAAGUGCUGCCGAGAAAACGGCCUUCAGAACCGCAUCAUACAGCUGUACUGCACUCGAAACGCCACAACGGUGGACUAUUACUACCAGGAGCCCAUGGACUGCUCAUGCCAGUGGAACUGAUCUACACACAGGCCUGACUGUGACACAUUAUUCAAUACAGUAUCUGUAUAACUGCAAAACUACUAACACCAUCACUGUAUUUGUUUUCUUUUAUAUCUGUAACUUAUGUGUAAGUAUGCUAAUCACACGUUUAUUAGAAUAAGAACAAGAAAGGAACUGUUAAAUUGACAUUGUUUUCAUUUUAAACUAUUAACAUUUGAUAAGAGAGUACUUUAAGAUAGUAUUAUAAGACUCCAAAUACAUUUUAAGCAUGUUACCUGUUAACCAAACGCUUUAUUUAAAUGAAUCCUUGUGCUUUUUCUAACAAAAAUAUUUUUGCAUUUUGAUUCAAAUUGUUUUUUUUAAACAAAACAGCACUAAGUAGGUAUUUAAUAUAUGUUUUUAAAGAGAAAUCCUACAUUUGUUUUAGCCUCAACACACACACACACACACACACACACACACACACACACACACACACACACACACACAAAGAGAAAAAUAUAAUACAAUGAACUUGAAUUUCCAUAUUAUAGCCAUAAUGCCAAAAAUAUGAUUUCUGAACAAAACUGUAUGAGCCUAAAACAAAGCAUUUAGUCAAAUAUCUGAAGACCUGCAUGUUAUUGUCAAUGCUUUUUUUUUCUAAAUAAUCAAAAUAAAAACACAAAAAAUAUAUUUUUCUAUGCACUGUGCGGA